AUGGACGACUACCGCGAGGCUCAGAGAGCGAAGUGGCUCCGUGCCCAGGCGGAGGCAGAGAACUCAGCGAAUGCCUCGAACGCGAGGGCGUCUGAGGUGGCAACUACUCCAUCGGCAGCUUCAGAGGUGCCUUCGAGAGACGUCAAAGCUCCGAAUGCUCGCCGAGUUCACAUUUUGCCCGUUUUCCCGAGUUCGUGCGACCAGAGCCAGCGUUUGGAGAUCUUGUCGCCAGUCUUACGAACCAUGCGAGCCAACCAGACUCCCGUGAAGACGGGGAUGUUUCUCAGACCGGCUGGAUAUGAAUUCGUUGUGGUGAAAUGCGAACCAGAUGACGCCGUGUUAUCCAUGAACACCGACUACUUCAUCGAAGGAUCUCCUCUGAAACGCUUCGAGAAGGUCCAAUUCAUUUGCCUCUGGGACUUCGAGCGGACCCGUACAGACCAGGACGCGACGGCUUUGUUCCAAGAGUACAUCAACCCUUACUUCAAGACCCUGAACUCCAGCGAGGCAACGAGCAUUGUGAGUGUCAACGAGCACCUGCAGAUCAACGGCUUCGAGUUCCAGGUGAUGGCCGCCGAGCCCGUGCCUCCGGAGAUUGGCAUCGUUGACAUGAGCACAGUGGUCUUUGUUGAUUGGGACAACACGCCGGAGUUCACGAAGAUCCAUUUCGUGCCCUUCCAAGACACCUUGCCUGCCGCGUAUGAGUACGACGUCUUUAACGACUACCUGAAGCCGUACCUCACACGGAACAAGCAGCAAAGCUUCGCCAUGAACGACCAGUUCACAUUCCAGGGAGUUCAAUUCAAAGUGGUUUGUUGUGAGCCGCGCGGAGAACGAGGGAGGAUUGGCAGGAAGCCCCAGCUCGUCUAG